AUGUAUAUAGCGUUUAAGUGGCUUGUCGGCAUUUCGGUCGCCAUGUGGCUGGCGAUGUGCAGUCUCCAAAUAAUACUGAAAAGAAAUACAAAGCCUAACACAGGUAUAUAUCAAGGUGUUUAUUUUCAUUCGACGUCUCGACUCAAGAAUUACACAUUGCCAAAGCCAAAAAAAGUUGACGUCAUAGUAUUGAAUUCAAAAAGUGUGACUCUUGUUUACUGUUUAAUCAUAACAGUCGGAGCAUUGGCCUUUUCAAUAUUUCAAAAGGAAUUCAUAAAAAUAUUUACUGAAAAAAAUUUUGCAGUAAAUAAUCUAAUGAUAUGGAUUUUUCAUAAAGUUCAAAGCAUUUUCAAAAAUACCGCUCGAUGUUGUUGUAUUGCUGUUGUAGAAUGUUUAAUUGAAAUUAAAAAUAUAUAUCGAAAUACAUUAAUUAAAACGAGAAGCUUAGUGUAUGAACAAAAUACAACAGAGUAUAGACAAUCGAUUAAAUGCAAAAGUAUACUGGAUUAUGUUUUUUUUAAGAAAUUGAAAGAAUUUGAUGAAGAGAGGAAGACGUUAAAAAGUUUUCUAAUAACUGCCCUAAAUGAAAAUAGAAGAAUCAGAAUGCAAUAUCAAUUACAGAUUAUGGCGAAAGAUAGAUUUAAACGUUACAAUGAAGAUUCUCAAAAACUGAUUAAAGAGAAUAGAUUUAAAUGCAUACAUUUACAGCAAUUGUAUUGGGUGGCACAACAAGAAAUUUUAUUUCUUAAAAAAUUAGUACAGAAACUUCAGAAAGCCAAGAAAGAGGCUGAUUUGAAUUGCGUAUGUUUGAUCAAUGAAAUUAAUAAGUCCAGUGAUGAGAAACUUAAAGUGAAUUGUCGCAAUUUCGUGACGACCAAAGAUGUUUCUUUGAAUUCUGACCUAAUUGAUGUAAGACAAUCAAUUUUGCAACAAUGCAACGGAUCAAACAAUACUUUCAAUAAAAAUGAGUUCAGUACUAUGAAAAGGCAAGAAUAUACCAGCAUUACAGAGCUGAAGCAAGAUAAUAAUUCUCUAUUACGUCCGCGCACAGUCGUUUCAAGAUUUUCCGGGGAAUACUUUUGGACUGUGAAAGAUAAGAAUGGUAAAAUAGAAAAACUUUACGAUUACAGUUGUCAAUCAGUUGGUAACUGUGAUGUAAUUCACAGAAUACGUCAAUACACCGUUUAUUACGAUAAGGAUUAUCUUUUAGAUUUUACAAAAUCUAAUAUGUCGAACAGUGAUAUUACGGAUCACACAUCCAAGCUUUACAAACAACUUCCACCAAUAAAUAAUCGAUUUUUAACUGGGUCAGAGGAGUUUCACAAUUUUAUGAAGAAUAACAAAGGUGUUAUUUUGCCAUUUCGGAAAUCAUAA